GUCAUACUCAAGGAAGUAAACGCAACAAGAAUUGUUUUAGCGCUUUGGACUUCAAGGCGUCUUCGUGAUUUCAACUGCGUUGCUUCUCGUUUCCUUGUUUUGCGGUCAACUCAAAAGUACUUUUCGAUCCACAAUGGCUUUGAGCGUCAGAUCUUCGAGAUGUGCAGCAAUCUCGAUGAUCAUUUUCGGUCUUUUGAUCUUCGUUCCGGCAGGAUUUUUCAUAGCUUUUUCCAUCAUUUAUAAAAAUCAAACUCUCCACUAUCGCUGGUUGAAGGGAAAAGCUCCCUCUACUCUUGACCUAUCAUUGAUGUUUUGGUGGAAUCUUGGUUAUACUUCUUUGUUGGCACUGAUAACCAUGAUCACUGGGUGCAUUGGUUGUUGUGCAAGUGGUCACCGUGCCCACCGCGACAUGUGUCAAAUCGUCACACUGUUCAUAUUUUCACUGAUGGUUGCUGGACUAUCGGCCUACGCGAUCUACGACUUCAGCACCAUAAUAUCCACUUUGAGGUUAUUGAUAAAGAUAAACGGUGACACGUGCAAAAAUAAUGGUUCUUGCAAUGUAGUAUUUGUUGCCAUAGGAAGCUCACUUUUGGGCUUAGCCAUACUGGUUUUUCUUUUGUCUUCGUGGGCCAUAAUAUGCUGCCUUGCUUCAUUCUGCUGCCAUACAGAAGUUGAACCAGAGCCCUUGCCAGCACGACAACAAAUGAUGGGUGGUCAGCAGGGGGUCAUGAUGCAGGGUACAGCAAUGGUACCCAUGAUGAGAGCCGAUACCAUGCACUUUUCCUUAAAGCGUCUUAGAAUCAACGACUUAGUGUGAACCCCAGUCAUUGUUUUUUAGGGAAAGAAACACUAAAAAAAUGGGGAAGAGGUCAUGGACAUCUUCCACUCUCCAAUAGCCGCUGUCCCUACAGAAAACCACAUUAUAAUGAUAUAAAUACUUUUUUUAAUGCGUCUUAGACUUAAUGGCUUAGUGUGAAGCACAUGUAACAUGUUUUGUGAUCUCCGCUUUAUCGUUUGUAUAGCGUUUAUAGAUAGAGCGUUCUAAAUAAUGUCUGAAGAGGUUGUCCAGCCUCAUAUUAAGUUUCAUCCGCCGGUGAAUGUCAACUUUUCGAUAUAUCUUGAGUUGGAUGACAUUGGUAAGUUUAUAAGCCAUUUCAAACUUCUGCUCUUCCUUACCUAAAAAGCUAUGUCUUUGCAUUACUUUUAAAAGUUGAAAUUCAGUGGCAAGAUCUAAUGUUAGGUGGAAGAUCAUUCCAUAGUUCAGGGGCUGCCUAAGAAAAGCUUCUUUUGCCAUAGGAUUCAGUGAGAUUAUAAGAUUGUCUUGUUAAGAUAUUUAAAGAUGAUGAUCUUAAGCCGUGAGCCAGAGGGAACAGAGGGUGCAAUCAAGUCACACAGAUAUAUGGACGCGGCUAGUUUGUGUAAGGCCUUCAUCAGGUUCUUUCAUAUCCCCAAUUUAGGAGUUUAGGAAUUUUUCCCCCAGGUUAGGAAGGGCUGGGAGACAUGGCCUACGGUUUUAAGUCCUUUGUCUGAGAAAAUGCUUCGCGUUACCAUACAACGCUUCAGCAUUCGAGGUCUGGUAGUAAAGUUUCCGGUUAUUUUAAGUCAGUAAAUAAAAAUAAUCCUAAGAAGUGAAAGUCUUUCUUCUUAGCUGAUAAACUUAAUUUAACUAGUAAAAAAAAAACUUCACAUUUUAUCCAUACCGUGAAAUGAAUUAUUUUAAUAAAGGCGACAAAAAAUUCCAA